CGUGAAUAGCGCGUUUAAAAUUUUUGCGCUUCGAUAUUUUCGAUUAAUCAAAUCGAACGCCAUGUUUUUCAUAUCGAUUAAUCGAACAUUUAUUUCUUAUUUUCAACUCACUUCGCAUCAAACUAUUCAAGAGUAAAGUGUUGAUGUUAUUAUUUAUACACUCUCGAUUUAUUCGAUUUACGUAAUAAUGGAUAUAUCAACUCCAACUGGCCUCAAUCACAGUGGAUUAUCACAUAAUACGGAUGGAUUCUUAAAUAUUCCCAUCGAAUCAUCAGCUCUAGAUGCUUUGGCAACCAAACGGAGAAGCUCUUCGCGCACAAUAAAACGCAAGAAGUUUGAUGAUGAGGUAGUGGAAACAACUUUCAAUUUACAACCACCUGCUACGAGUGCAAAAUCAACAUCGAAAUCACGAACAAUUUCUGUAUCUGCCGGUCCUAUAGAUGUUCUACCAACGCAAACGUUACCUACUCCAAUACCAAUUCCAACCACCUUGGCACAGUCAGAUAGAUGCAAUCGUAGACCGACUAGACCGAGUGGUUCAAAUCCUGGACGAAAAAAUAAAAAAAAUAAAAAUCACUCUCAUUCUAUCAAUGCUACUAAAGAUCUUGGGCGAUGGAAACCUGCUGAUGAUUUAGCAUUGAUUACUGGUGUACAACAAACAAAUGAUUUGAGAAUGGUUCAUCGAGGUACAAAAUUUUCCUGUCGUUUUACGUUACAAGAGAUACAACAAAGAUGGUAUGCACUGUUGUAUGACAGUGCAGUUUCACGUGUAGCUGUGCAAGCUAUGCGUAAUUUACAUCCUGAAUUGAUAGCCAGUGUACAAGCAAGAACUUUGUAUAGUAAAGCUGAAGAGGAUCUGCUAGGUACCAUUAAAUCAACUUCUCAACCAACGCCAGAAGUAUUUCAAGAAUUACUUGAAGCAAAUGCGCAUACAUUUUAUCCAGCUAGAACUGCGAAAGCGUUACAUACCCAUUGGCUGCUAAUGAAACAAUAUCAUCUAUUACCAGAUCAGACAGUGCAAAGUUUACCACGAGGCGAACAUGUAUUGAAUUUUUCAGAUGCCGAAGAUAUGAUCAAUGAUACCGAAUUGAUGGAAUCAAAGGAUGAAUUGAUAGAUGCUGAAUUAGCAACAACAGACAGAAAAAAUAAAAGAGAAAUUAAAGUAUUAGAAAACGAGCUUGGUAGAUGGCAAGUACUUGUCGACAGUGUAACAGGCACCAAUCCUCCAGAGUUUGAUAAUCAAACUUUAGCUAUUCUAAGAGGAAGACUUGUCAGAUAUCUCAUGAGAUCUAGGGAGAUAAGCGUAGGACGCUCUACAAAGGAUCACACUGUUGAUGUGGAUCUUAGUUUAGAAGGUCCAGCUUGGAAAGUUUCACGUCGACAAGGUACCAUUCGUUUAAGGAAUAAUGGAGAUUUCUUUCUGUCAUCUGAAGGAAAACGACCAAUUUUUGUGGAUAGUAGACCAAUUUUAGCUGGCAACAAGAUGAAAUUGAAUAAUAAUAGUGUAAUUGAGAUUGCAGGACUAAGAUUCACCUUUUUAAUAAAUCAAGAAUUGAUUUCUGUGAUACGUCAAGAGGCUGUCAAAUUAAAUUUAAAUCCUUGAGACAUUUUAAACAAUGCAAUGGGCAAUAUUAAGUAAUUGACGUAUAUAUAAUUAGUAUUGAUUGCUUUUCUUAAAUAUAAUCUAUUUUUUGCAUUUGAGAAUAGCAAAUAUAUACAGUAUAUAAUACAUCUUUACGGAUAUUAAUACCUUCUAUAUAAUAUUUAUUUGUCUGUAAUUAAUUAUAAAAUAAGCAUAAUUUCUAUACAAAAUAGUUAUAUUUUUUGGACAGAUCAAAUUUGAUAUUUAUAUUAUAAUAUAGUAACUUGGAUUUGCACUAUAUAUAUAUAU